AUGGUGGAGUUUGCACCCCUGUUCGUGCCAUGGGAGCGCCGGCUGCAGACCUUCAUGGUCGUGCAGUGGGUCUUCUCCUUCCUGGCCCUGGCCCAGAUCUGUGUUGUCAUCUUCGUGGGCCUCCUGUUCACAAGAUUCUGGUUGUUCAGUGUCCUGUAUGCGACCUGGUGGUACCUGGACCGAGAAAAGCCACGGCAGGGGGGCAGGCCCUUCCAAGCAAUAAGGCGCUGCUUCUUGUGGAAGUACAUGAGGGACUAUUUCCCUGUCUCGCUGGUCAAGACCGCCGAGCUGGACCCCUCCCGGAACUACCUUGCCGGCUUCCACCCCCACGGGGUCCUGGCUGCUGGAGCCUUUGUCAACCUGUGCACCGAGAGCACAGGCUUCCCUUCGCUCUUCCCUGGCAUCCGCCCCCAUCUGAUGAUGCUGACCCUGUGGUUCCGGGUCCCCUUCUUCAGGGAUUACAUCAUGUCGGGGGGGCUGGUCACAUCAGACAAGGAGAGCGCUGCUCACAUUCUCAACAGGAAAGAAGGUGGCAAUCUGCUGGCCAUCAUCAUAGGGGGUGCCCAGGAGGCACUGAAUGCCAGGCCCGGGGCCUACACGCUGUUGUUGCGGAACCGCAAGGGCUUCGUCAGACUCGCCCUGAUGCACGGGGCUGCUCUCGUGCCGAUCUUCUCCUUCGGGGAGAAUGAAUUAUUUGACCAGGUCGAGAAUUCUCCUGGCUCCUGGUUGCGCUGCAUCCAGGACCGGCUGCAGAAGAUCAUGGGUAUCUCCCUCCCGCUCUUCCAUGGCCGUGGCGUCUUCCAGUACAGCUUUGGUCUUAUACCCUACCGCCAGCCCAUCACCACCGUGGUGGGAAAGCCCAUAGAGGUGCAGAAGACGCUGCAUCCCUCGCAGGAGGAGGUGGACAAGCUUCACCGGCGCUACAUCAAGGAGCUGUGUGACCUCUUCGAAGCCCACAAGCUCAAGUACAACGUCCCCGUGGACCAGCACUUGGAGUUCUGCUGAGGGCCUCCCCAGAGGCCAGGGCUGGCGUUAGGGAGCCCAGCUGGAGGUGCUGUGAUCUGAGAAGGCUUCCUGGAGGUGUCCGUUGAGUACACGGUCACAGCCUUCCCAAACUUCUGCAAAUCCAACCAUGCCAGGCCCUAAGUCCAGCUGCCAGUUCGGGCGUCGCUGGUUUGCACUCCCGCUGCCAAGCCGCAGCGAGCCUCCCUCUCCUUGGCCUCCUCCUCUGUGAAUGGGAGAGAGGGCUGGAAGAGAGUGAUUUCUGAGGUCUCUAUCCCCGGUUAUAAUGUCACUCAAUAGGCAGAGAAAGAGAACGGCAACCAGGUUUUCCUUCCUCUACCUUGAGUAACAGCACAAAAGAAGCCCCAGGCUCCAGCCCCGUCUCCUACAGGGUCCCUCAUCCCGCACCCUACAUGUUCCGUCUCCUCCCUCCCUGAGCCAGAGAGGAGGAGGUGGCCUUGAGGCCUCCGCACUCA